AAUGCAUCAAAAGGAAAGAAGAGAAUUUUAAUUGUUAUAAUUCGUUGUCUAACCUAACUCCAAAUGCCUCAGUUUUCGUCUUCCGAAGCAGUUAGUUUAGAAAAAGGGGUUAAUUUAAGCCACGAGCCGGGAAUCACACCAGCCGAACUUCUUGAAGAUGUGUACGAAAUAAAGAAAUGCGCAGAUUGGAUCCGACUCAACGGAUUCCAAAAAGUGUGUUUGCAAUUUCCCGAUCACAUGUUGGCGGAUUCUAGCGAGGUCGCUUUCAGAUUACAAGACGUUUUAGGUCAAACCGUGUACAUUCUAGGGGACACUGCUUAUGAAAGCUGUUGCGUUGAUUACAUUGCCGCGGCGCAUAUCAACGCAGAUGCUAUCAUUCACUUUGGUCCAACUUGUUUUUCCAAAUCCUCCGCAAGCAUAUCUUACUUAAAUAUCUAUGAAAAAUUUGAAAUAGAUGUAGAGGAACUGAAAUUCUUAUACCAUGAGCAUUUUAGUCAGAACCCUGUUAGUGUUGUGGUGGAUUCAGAGUACAUACACAAGCUGGAUUUCAUUGAAAAUGUGUUGAAGUUGUACCAUAAGGUCGAGAUCUUUACAAUACAACAGGAUUUGUCCAGUUUAGAAGGUCAAAUUGUAUUAUUCAUUGGAAACAGUGACAGAAAAGUGGUAAAUCUUUACCUGACAUUUCGAUUCAAAGACGUGUUCUUUUACAAUCCCAAACAAAUUUCCGCGAAAUUUUCAAAAUUUGAAUUGGAUGCCAGAAUAUUUAAGAAAAGGCAUUUUCUUGUGGAAAAAAUCAAAGACAGCAAAACAAUAGGAAUUGUCAUUGGAACACUAGGUGUAAAAAAUUACAUCGACAUUAUCGAGAGGAUUAAAAAAUUAAUAGAGGCCAGGGGCAAAAAGUAUUAUUUAAUUAGCGUUGGCAAGCCCACAGUUGCCAAAUUGGCCAAUUUUCCGGAAAUGGAUGUUUAUGUAAUGAUAACCUGCGCCAUGAACGAAAUAUAUGAAAGCCGUGAAUUUUAUAGACCCAUAGUGACGCCGUUCGAUAUCGAGUUAGCUUUAAAUCCUUCCACCAAUGGUAUUCAAUUUUCGUAUGAUUACAAUGCAUAUUUAAAAGACGUAGACGAUAUCGGAUCCAUUAAAAUGGACGAAAAUGAGACAGACGUGAGUUUGUUGACCGGUAAAGUUAGGACCGCUAAUAUAGUACAAGAAGAAUUGCCGGCGAUGAGUGGCGACGAACUGGCUUUAAAAACUGACGGAAUUAUAGCGUUGCGUAGCAACUUCGGGGCCGCUUUCUUAGCCGAAAAGACCUGGAAAGGGUUGGAGCAGAAUUUGGGCGAGACGGAGGUGAAAUUGGCCGAACCGGGGCGAAAGGGCUUAGCCCAAAGUUACGAAAAUGAAAAACAUUAAAGUAUUUAUCAUU